AUGCUGGAUGCCCUUCCACUACUUCUAGUCUUCGCCGCUGUUUCGCUUUGCGGCGGUAGUGCCUUGAGAGUGGGGUUGGUAUCAGAUCCGCACUACGACCCUGGGUACGGUACGUCUAAGGCAUACGACUCUUGCCACAAACCCGCACCCAAGUACGGUCGGAUGGGCUGCGAUGCCCCAAAAGCACUCAUUACAUCAUUUCAACAGGACAUGGAGGCUCAAGCACCUCAUGUUGUUAUUGUCAACGGUGAUGCUCAGCGACACAAAUUCAGCAAAAGCGGGUUUUCUAUUAAUGACACGUUCGGCUUUAUUGUGCGGGCCGCGGUUAAAACUGUACAAUCGGGCGAGACAGGGGAGUUCGGACUGGGUGUGGCGGUCUCCCUCGGAAACAACGAUAUGGUGCCAAACUACCACUUUGAUGCAUUUAAGCAGGAGAGUUUCACCCUGAAACAGGAAGAAAUAUUGGUGGAAAAUGGCCUUUUGGCUGAGGGCCAAAGGAAAAGUUUCCGGGAAUGUGGGUACUAUCAGCGUGUUGUUUCACCUCGCCUACGGAUCAUUGUGCUCAACACUGUCCUCUGGUGUUUUUGUAACAAAGUUCCUAUUCCGGACACUGUUGUUGAUCCAUGCCACCAGAUGAAGUUCCUUGAGUCCAGCUUGGAAGACGCGAAAAAGGAGAAUGCGAAGGUAAUAAUCAUAAGUCACGUGCCACCAUACAUCGACGUUUGGGGCGUGCUCAGCAGGGGGGCCUUCGGUUCCGUUGAAAAGGAUAUGUAUUGGAAACCCUCGUUUCAGGAGCGCUACCACGCACUGGUGGCGAAACAUGCGAGUGUCGUGGUGUCGCAAAUUUUCGGACACAUUCACCACUUUUUAUACCAGGUGGCUGGACCUGACAUAAUGUCUUUUACAAUCCCGUCACUGACGCCUUUGUAUGGGAAUGUUCCAUCUUACUUCAUUGCAGAGCUUGAUGACGUGACUAUGAAGCUGAAGAGCCUUCGCCAUCACUACUUGGAUAAAACGACGUGGAGGAGGGCGCCGGACGUAGAGUCAACCGUCGGGAAUUUAUCUAGUACAGAGGCGCUCACCGCGUUCGCUACAAAAUUUCGAGUCAACAGCUUCCUAUGGAGGCGCUGGAUCCGGUUACGGAGCGGCGGCGGCAAGGCAAGUGGUAAACUGUUUCCCAAGGGUACCUGCAACACGUGGUGCCGGAAUCUUAUAUCGUGUACCAUGACAAGGGUAAAGUGGGAGGACAUAAAGUCGUGCACGGAGGGGUCGCGCGGGGGGAAAGCAGAUUCGGCAACAGAGAAAUUGCCUGCCGUAGCUGCAAUGCCGCUUUUCGCGUAUUAUUCAUUGUUCUUGCUUGCAUGCUCCUCAGCCUCGUAG